UUCACCAACAAUAUAUAUUGCCUCAGCCUAGCAGAUUAACUUCUCUCAACUCUCUCUCUCUCUCUCUCUCUGCCACCAGACAAACAUACAAUUAAAAAUCAAAAGUCAUGUAUUGUUCUACUUUCUCAACAUGAUAAAUCUUGAAAACUCCAUCGCCAUUACGGCCGCAUAUAAACCCUAGCUACCUACCUCUUCUUCAAUCCCAUCCAUCAGUAUAUAUACAUACGUUACACACUCAUACUUGACUUCUCUGCAAUUCCGUUUUCAUGGCUUCCCAAUAGAGAAAUUCAGCAAUAGUAUUCAUCCAUGCACGUCAAACCCACAAAACCCUAAUUCUAUCUCCAUCAGUGUAUUUACUUACAGCCAUGAAAACUGAACUAAGAGGAAAUGCAAGGACGUCGUCACUUUCUCCACAAGGUUCCUUGUUCAAUUCCCCAGCUCAAACCUCUCUCUCUGGAGCUCUAAGAGGAUGCCUUGGCAGCCUCGACGGCGCCUGCAUAGAGAAGCUUCUGCUUCACUGCGCCAGUGCCCUCGAGACAAACGACGUCACUCUGGCUCAACAAGUCAUGUGGGUGCUCAACAAUGUCGCUUCCUUCACUGGCGACCCUAAUCAAAGGCUUGCCUCCUGGUUCUUGAGGGCACUCAUAUCUAGGGCAGCUAGGGUUUGCCCAACCACCAUGAGCGCAACCACUUUUAACGACGGAAGCAGUAGUAUUCAGAGGAGACUAAUGACGGUGACUGAGCUUGCCGGGUAUGUCGAUCUACUACCUUGGCAUAGAUUCGGGUUUUGUGCAGCCAAUAGUGCCAUUUUUAAUGCAAUUCAAGGUUACCCAAAAGUUCAUAUCUUAGAUUUCAGCAUCAGUUAUUGCAUGCAGUGGCCUACUCUUAUAGACGCUUUGGCAAAGAAGGCUGAAGGGCCUCCUUCGGUUCGAAUCACAGUGCCCUUUUGUAGGCCACCUGUGCCUCCCCUGCUUAAUGUAUCGAGUGAAGAAGUCUGCCUUCGCCUAAAAAAUUUCGCCAAGUUCAGAGAUGUCCCGUUUGAGUUCCAUAUUCUAUUUGCAGACAGUCCGAUUCUAUCUCCAUCUCCAUCUUGUCAUGAUCAUCCCGCUAGCUUUUCCUUCGAAUCACUAAUGACCCACUUGACUCCUUCUUCUCUAAACCUCAGAGACGAUGAAGCCUUAGUGAUAAACUGCCAAAACUGGCUUCGUUAUCUUUCCGACGAGCAAAAUGGAGGCUUUCAAGAUCAUGCUUCUUUAAGAGACGCCUUCCUGAAUCUAAUUAAAGACCUGAACCCUUGUGUUGCAGUGGUGGUGGACGAGGAUUGUGAUCUCAUUUCAUCAAGUUUAUCGACAAGAAUCACCACUUGCUUCAACUACCUAUGGAUACCCUUCGACGCUUUGGAGACCUUCUUGCCUAAAGACAGCAGCCAGAGAAUGGAAUACGAGUCAGACAUCGGCCAUAAAAUCGAGAACAUCAUAAGCUUCGAAGGCUCGCAGAGGAUAGAAAGGUUAGAAUCAGGGACUAAACUGUCUCAGAGAAUGAAAACCGCCGGGUUCUUCAGUGUUCCGUUCUGUGAAGAAACAGUAAAAGAAGUAAAGGAUUUGCUAGACGAGCACGCAAGCGGCUGGGGGAUGAAGCGAGGAGACGACACGUUAAUGCUCACAUGGAAGGGUCACAACUCGGUUUUCGCCACCGCUUGGGCCCCAACCCUGAGCGAGUUAGACGACUAAGUGGCCAUGGAAAUGGGUUGAGUGGUCCAUUGUGAUUGGAAAUUGACAAAAGAAGGGGCCGGAGGUUGCUUUUUUGUCUUUGUCAAAAGGCUGCAAAUUGGCAUAAGACAGGAGGAGCCUAGGAGAAAACGAAACAUAAGAUAAUAAUAAAGCAUUAAGCUCGAUCGGCUCGACUUAUUCUAUAAGCACUUAUCUUUUAGAUUUUAAAUUUCAAAAAAUUUCAAUCUAACAGAUAAUGUAACGAGCUAGCUUCAUUUGGCAGCAAGACUAUCGUCUACCACCUUUGCAGAUGAGCUCUCUCGUAUUGUGAUCACAUGAAAGGCAAACGACAGAUCAGAAGAAAAAUGUACGUAAAUUUGUCUUUGUUUGAAGACAAGAUCUUCUAUCA